UCAGUCAUCACAUUGCUUCAUUUAACGGUUGUAUCAGGCUACUGGUUGUUGCCGGAAAGCAGAUUUCAUCCCAACAGAAAAUGCAAGCACGCAUGCAGCAGAAACCACUCAAUAGGAGGAAGGACAGUUUAAUCUCUCAUGCUCCUGGUUUGGUCUCAGAAUGAGAAGACUGGCUGCAACUCAGAGGAUCCUGUCAAAAAAAAUAUCAUAAUUGGGCUGAGGAAGAACGGGAUAAACCAAACAACAGGAAGAACUGAAAAAAGAAGAUACUGUACAUCAGUUUCAGGUGGAUUGCCAGCUUCUGAAUUCUCUCACAGCCUGAAAGCUGGCUAUGCUACGUGUUCUGUGCCACUGCCAGUGACCAUGACCCUUCACACAAAAAGCUCCGGUGUUGCCUUAAUGCACCAGAUACAAGGCAAUGAACUAGAGCCUCUGAACAGGCCACAGCUGAAGAUUCCUCUGGAACAACCGAUCAGCGAAAUGUACGUGGACAGCAGCAAGACGGGGAGUUUUAACUACCCGGAAGGCACUGUUUAUGAUUUUUCCACUACUGCUCCAGUAUACAGCUCAGCCAGCCUCAGCUAUGCCCCUACAACGGAAUCAUUUGGAUCCAGCAAUCUGGGGGGAUUUCAUUCUAUGAAUAAUGUCCCUCCAAGCCCUGUUGUAUUUUUACAGACAACACCACAGCUCUCACCUUUUAUUCAUCACAACCAGCAAGUCCCUUACUACCUGGAGAAUGAACCCAGCAGUUUUGCUAUGCGAGAAGCUGCUCCAUCAGCUUUCUACAGUGCAUCUGGACAUCACCAGCUGGUGGAAGGAGAGAGAAAAAGCCAAGCCCUCAUACAAUACUGUGAUGUACUCCCUGCUUCUGAAUGGCCGGGCUCAGAGAACAGACGUCACAAUGGCAGAGAGCGAAUGUCGAGCUCCAACGAGAAAGGAAGCCUGGCCAUGGAAUCCAGCAAGGAGACGCGCUACUGCGCUGUGUGCAACGACUAUGCUUCAGGCUACCAUUACGGGGUUUGGUCCUGUGAGGGCUGUAAAGCCUUCUUCAAAAGAAGCAUUCAAGGUCAUAAUGAUUACAUGUGUCCUGCUACCAACCAGUGCACCAUUGACAAGAACAGGAGAAAAAGCUGCCAGGCUUGUAGGCUGCGUAAAUGCUAUGAAGUUGGAAUGAUGAAAGGCGGAAUCCGGAAAGAUCGCAGAGGUGUACGUAUGCUGAAAAACAAGCGUCAAAGAGAGGAGCAUGACAAUAGAACUGCAGGGGCUCUCACUGAGGUGAGGAACAGUGCUUUCUGGCCAGGUCCCCUGAUGGUGAAGCACAAUAAGAAGAACAGCCCAGCCCUCUCUCUGACUGCGGAUCAAAUGGUCAGUGCAUUGCUAGAGGCAGAACCACCUGUUGUCUAUUCAGAGUAUGACCCCGGCAGACCUUUCAACGAAGCUUCUAUGAUGGGCCUGUUGACCAACCUUGCUGACCGAGAACUAGUGCACAUGAUCAACUGGGCAAAAAGAGUUCCAGGAUUUGCGGAUUUAUCACUCCAUGAUCAGGUCCAUUUACUGGAAUGUGCUUGGUUAGAGAUAUUGAUGAUUGGCGUAAUAUGGCGAUCAAUGGAACACCCGGGAAAGCUCUUGUUUGCCCCUAAUCUAUUAUUGGACGGGAAUCAAGGAAGGUGCGUUGAGGGUUUGGGCGAAAUCUUUGAUAUGUUGUUGGCCACUUCUUCUCGAUUUCAAAUGAUGAAUGUCCGAGGGGAAGAAUUUGUGUGCCUUAAAUCCAUCAUCUUGCUCAAUUCUGGUAUCUAUACUUAUCUUUCCACAUUCAAAUCUGUGGAGGAAAAGGAUUAUAUCCAUCGUGUCCUGGAUAAAAUCAUUGACACUUUGAUGCACUUGAUGUCCAAGUCAGGCCUCUCUCAGCAGCAACAGCAUAGACGACUGGCUCAACUUCUCCUCAUGCUAUCCCACAUCAGGCACAUGAGCAAUAAGGGAAUGGAACACCUCUACAACAUGAAGUGUAAGAAUGUGGUGCCCCUUUACGAUUUGCUGCUGGAAAUGCUGGAUGCUCAUCGUCUACAUGCCAGAGUCGCUCCCACAAGUGAAGAGCUGCCCAAGAACCAGCUGGCAGUGGCCACCACUUCAAAACAUUCCUUGCCACCUUGCUAUGUGAACAAACAUGAAGAUCAUCCUGAACCAGAAGCAAUGUGAGAAUCUGCAUUUCAAUGAGCCUACAGGUUUCUGAAAAUCCCAUUUACAAAUGACUGAAGUUCAGACUGAACCCAUGUCAUGUAGAAGCACUCCAGUACUUGCCAAUCAUACAUGAUUUCCAAAACAUUGAUUAUGAGAACCUUAAGAGAAGAACAUGUAUCCUUUUAGACAGAAUAUAGGAAUCCAAAAACAAUCCUUCUUGUUUGUACUCAGGAUUCCUGUAAGACUUUUUGCUGGUCCCAGAGUGAGAAAUUGGGUGGCCUUUCUUUCUGAAAUCAAUUGGACAAAAAUUCCAGCUGAGUUGAGUAGAUGAUGUUUACAUGCAAUCUUUAUUGGCCUUUUAUUGGUAAAUACCCCCAUGCACAAACUAAAAAGAAUGAAGGUGGAGGAGUUCAGACUUUGUUAGAGCCCAGUCUCAGUCAUACUUCAAGAGAAGGAAUUUAAAAAAAUGAUGACAAGGUUUAGAAUAUCCUAUGUGGGAUUACAGUGGUGUCUGCAGUAGGCUGGACACAGCCUUUCCUGACAACUAUUAGAUGUGUACUUUAUUUUCUUAUGCCAAAUUCUUAGCUGGGCCACAACAGACAGAUUGGAAGAUAUGGGUUUACUAAUUUCUGCAUUGUAAUUGAAAUUAAAGGAUUCUUAACAGAGGUACUUCUCGCACCUCUUAGAUUGAUCGAUACAGGCAGUAACAGUCACUGGCUGGGAGUUUAAUAUGAACCAAAUAACUGCAUACCUUUGUCUAAAAAAUGUAUCAAAGGUUGGGUGAUGUUAUGAGUGGACACAUAAAAUCUGACUGAUCCUGUGGGAAGUUCUAUCUGUGCUACUAGCCCUCAGGAAGGUGUUGCACAGGAAUAAGAACUUCCAGCAUGGUCUGCCCCUUCCACUUGGUUCUGCCAUUUUGUAAUGCAGCUGAGCAGCAUCCAGAGGCAAACAAGAUCCUCACUGUUUGUGUGGUACAUUAAACAAGGUCUUGGACAAGGUGACAUGCUAUCUGGUGCCUGGUUUUCCUUCCCCUGUAGGUGGGCUCAGUGCAAUCAGUACUGCUCAGGAGAAUCAUUUGGGUAACAGAAACAACUCUUUUGGAUGCUUCUCAGGGUUCAAACGGGCUCAGUGUGGAGAAACUGCUGGCAGAAAGAUGAAGUGAAGUGAUUAAAGGACUUGCCUUCUGCCAUUUUGCCUGUGCACAUAUUGACCCCAACCAAAGGGAUGAGCACACAUUUGGGUCAGAAUAGACCUACCGUAAACCUGCAGGUGGUCAUUGUUCGCUGCUUUUGUUAUAUCUAUUGUGCUCCCCCCCCAAAAAAAAGCUCGUGAAAGCAUUACAGCACUAAUGUUGUGAAUAGUUUUCAUCUCGUCUUUGUUUUAAGUGCUUUCACCACUGCUUCUGUCAUGAGCUUCAUUUCUAGUGUCCUUUUUUUUAAAGUAAUGUAAUGAUGUAUUUGUCUUUAGCAGUGAAAACAUUUAAAAAGAACGGUUCCGCAUUGAAACUUCUCCAAAGCUAUUGAGGACUACAAAGUGCCUUGUUUAAAAAAAAAAGAUGCAUUUUUAAAGUGCUCAUGUUGUAGCUUGUUUCUGUGUUAUUGAUGUAAUUGUGUAUUGCAUUGACUGAUGAUGUAUAAGCAAGGAGAGUCAAAAUGUGUGUGGGGCCACAAUUAGCAUAAGAAGCAGUUUUUAUCCAUUUACAUCCCAGUGUAUAUAAACACUACGGCCAUAACCCCUUUACACACUUUCCAGAGAGGAACGUUUAUUGAAUUGAAAGGGGCUGACUUCUAAGUAUACAUGGAAUUGCACUAUAAGAAAUUUAAUUUAAUUUGCUAAUUUUUUUUAUAGUGGGAUAAUUUUUGCUGUUUGCGCCAUCCAUUGGUUUCUGUGGGCACAGAGCUUUCAUGGGCAACCCGAGUGUCCUGUGGCUGCAAAGGCUGCUCCAUUCACUUCACUGGGAAUGGCUUUUCUCUGGAAGAGGGCACAAAAAGCACCAAAAGCCUUCCCUCCACUGAAGGGAGUGGCGAGCCACUGCCAGGCGCAAGUGCUCUGUGGUUGCCACGGGGGAACAAACAUUGCGUUGGGGAACCACCGAACUCUGGAAUGGAAAUAUGUCCAGCCAAAUCCAUCUGUUGUUGAUCUAGAUAGCAGUUUCCUUAGUUUUCCCGAGCAGUUAUUGCAGGAGGCUUAAAUAAACUUAAACUAAGGCCAGCCAUUCAUAAAACCCUGAUGAAGAGCCACUUAACUGGUUGUUUUAGCUUGGGAAGUAAAGAAAUGCAAACAAAACAAAUUGCCACGACAAAUGUGUGUUUCUUGAACAUCUACAUACUCGUCACAACUCUAGCUUGGGAGUCCUAGGGAGAAAUGUUUUUCUUUCUAUUAAAACUGUUAAAUGUAAAGGAAAGCGAUUAGUUUUUAAUUGUUGUUAGUUUGCUAAAAAUGUUGUCUUAUUAUUACUGAAAGCACCUUAAACGAUGCAGUGUGUGUAUUUGUGUACAUGUAACGCACACAUGCAGAGCUCACCUGUCAGACAACUGAAUGUAGCUGUUCUGUUACCCUUGUCAACAAACUAAAACAAACAAACAAACAAAAAUAACCACAUUUUGUUUUUAUACUUUUCAGCUAUCUUCUCUCAUAUGCAAUCAUUGGUGCCUAAGGCUUAGCGAUUGUUAGACUCACUAUUUCAUAUCACUUUUUAUAUUUACAUUACAAUAUUCGAAGCAGCACUAUCUUAGCCUAGUAAUGAACAAGAUAAGGAAAAUAUCCUGUAAUGCAAAGAGGACCUUCAGGGCAGCUAAUUAUGCUUUUUACCAAAAUCCUCAUGUAAUGUCAGCUCUGGAAGGUAUCCUAACAGGGCACAAAGGUUUUGUUUGUUUUGUUGUGUUGUUGUUUUUUGUUGUUAUUUUUUGUUUAAAAACACCUCAUAUCCAACUUUGCAAAAUAGGAAACCUAAUGUUGCUGAAAAUCUGAUUAAUUGGCCUUAUAAGGUUUGUUAAAAGGUUCACUGAAGACAAAAGAACGUCAUUUUUCUUCUUUCAUUUUCCUUUUUUUUUUUUAAAAAAAAGCUGAUUCUAAUUUCUUCUUCCUGAGCCUAAACGAUGUUAUUGACUGAAAUCCAGUUAUUAAUCCCAUUUAGAGAUUCCCAGUGGGAUUUAAGCUAAUGUGAUCUACCAUUCAGUGAUUGAUUCAAUGAGCCAGCUUUACUUGGGAUUAGCAAUGGGAUUUAGGCCAUUUAUAUUUGGUGAUAUUGUGGACUCUCAAGCAAAUCUCCUCUUGUAGACAAUCAUCUUCAUCCAUCCAUUCUCCUCUUUUUGAUGGGGAAAUACUUACCACCCCCAUGUCCAGCUACACAUAUGCCGCAAUGAAAGAUUAGUGUCUUUGCCUCUUCUUUUUCUUUAUAAUCUAGUGCUGUUUCACUUCAAUGGUAACCCAUUGCAGCAAUGUCACUUAUUAAUAAAUAAAAUAAGAUAAAAUAAAAUAAAAUUCAACUUUCUCCUGCUCCCUACAGAUGGGUAGACAGAUGAGGAGAUGUAGGGGGAAUGUCUUUUUUCCCUCCCUUUCCCUUUCUUCUCUUUCUUACAGUCCAAUGUUGUUUCACUUUGAUGGCAAGCCAUUGCAGUGACUUACUAAUAAAUUAAAAAUCCAGUUUUUCCCUCUCCUCACAGAGGAAGAGACAAGAGAGGGUGCGGGGCGUGGAGGCUCUGAGUGAGGAACAGCUAAAUGAGGUUGCUUGGAAGUGUGUUGUCGUGUCCUGUAUUGUACCCACCCAAUCCCCACAUGUGGAUGCAAGGAUUGUUCUAAUUCUCAUACCGCACUUCGAGGCAACCCUGUUUAGCCCAAUCCAGCCUGGGAAAACUUCACUGCCUUAGUUUCAGAACUCUUGAAACAACAAUGGUCCACAUUUUAUGUGGAGGGGGUAAACUCUUAUAUUAGAGCUGUUUUCUAAUUAUGUUCUUUGGUAGGAAAGCUAUUCCUCAUCUUGUAGUAUCCUGCCAUAUAAAAAGCUAUCUUGAUGGUCAAAGAGAGGCUAAAAAGGGCUCCACCUAAUGGAUGAAGAUUGGGGAAAGGGUCCAUAAAAUCACAGAGAUGUUGGUGUCCAACCCCAUUCACGCUGGAGUAGUCUUAGGAGGUGUCCCUGUCUUGAACUGCCCCAGUUCCCUCCCACCUUGCAGGCUGUGCCAUGAGCACAGGGUGCUUCUAUGUAUAACUGGGGCCAGCCUUGUCCUAGUGACAAUCAGCUAGAUGUGGAUUGUGUUAUAAUAUCGCUCACUACAACGAAUGGCCCUGAAUCAGGAUUCGUGCUCCCGUCACUAUU